UCUUAUUCUGCGAGGUUUUAAUCAUAAAAACAUUUCAACAGUAGUGGGCCAUGUGUUGGCAGGACUGUGUCAGAUUUCACUUAAUACUGAGGCUCUGUAUCGGUAAUUACAUCAGGCAACAGCACCCCUUCGUCACUCCCUCCCUCACAAUGUCUUACCAUCCUUCUCCCUUGCCGGCUCUGAUUGGUCGCGGGGAGGCCGCCGGGACAGAAGCCGCGUUGUCCCGGUGACCCGGCCCCUACUUGUCCCAGCCCUGCUAUAAAAGCCCGCGGCUGCUCGCAUGCGCGCCUGAUGGGCUGUCAGAUGCGACUCGGAGUAACAGGUGGAUCCGACUGCAGAAACUCACCGUCAUUGCGCUUGGAUAAACUUGAGCAUCGUGCAGAAGCUGGACCAUGGAUUCAGACACAAGCCGAGUCUCCAGCAGACCGUCAUCCCCAGAGGUGGACGACAUCUUCAUGUCCACCCUGAAAAAGUCCGUGCACGGCUUCUCGGGCGCCGUGUCCUCCACGCAGAGCGACUCCCCGUCAGAGAUCCCCGGUCUGCGCGGCCUCUCCGCCGCCGAGGAGGAGGCGCUGGCGCUACGCAUGGUGUCCAAGAAGGAUCGCAAACUGCUGUCGGAGAGCGAGCUCCAGUCGAUCCGCCUCAAGAUCAACAGCCGCGAGAGGAAAAGGAUGCACGACCUCAACGUGGCCAUGGACGGGCUGCGGGAGGUCAUGCCAUACGCGCACGGACCGUCGGUGCGUAAACUCUCCAAAAUCGCCACCUUGCUGCUGGCGAGAAACUACAUCCUGAUGCUUAGCAACUCCCUGGAAGAGAUGAAGCGGCUGGUGAGCGAGAUCUACGGCAGCAGCGGGCACCACAGCUACCACCCGUCUGCUUGUGGAACUAUGGCGCACGCGGGGCCCGUGCCGGGACAUCCGGCGGCUUCCCACGCCCCACACCCGGCGGUACACCAUCCGCUCCUCCCCCCACCGGCCGCCUCCACCGCCUCGCUCUCCGCUUCCGGAAUUUCCGCCGUCACGUCGGUCAGACCCCAUCACGGACUUCUCAAGGCGCCCACUGCAAGUGCAGGACCCCUGGGUAGCAGUUUCCAGCACUGGGGCGUCGGCACCGGGAUGCCCUGUCCGUGCAGCAUGUGCCAGGUCCCCCCGCCUCAUGUGUCCAGCAUGAGCUCCGUGACCAUGCCGAGGCUGGCGAGCGACUCCAAGUGACUCUAAACUCAACUGAACUUUUUCCAAAUGGGUUGAACACACUGUGUCCCGCACGUUUUUAUUUAUCUCUGUUGCUGAGUCAUAAUUGAGAACUCCAAUGAAUUGAUUUUCCUACUCGGGAUUGGCAGAUUUUUCAACUUAGUGUUUUAUUGUAAUUGAUCUCAAAUGUGAGGAUAUGUACGCACAAAGCUCCUAAAGCACAACAAAACUUUUAGGGCACAGACCCUUGUUCUUAGCUAUUUUUUCUGUCCAGAAGAAAAAGAAAAUCAUAAGUUAAAGCAACAAGUUGCAGUUUGUAAAUGUAAAUAUGUAGAUGGAUUAUGUCUUUAAAUAGUUGCAGAUGUUAUAUAUUAGAGUCUUGUUACAGUGCGGGAAGAUUUCCCCUGUCUGUUCCUUACAUGUUGCACCUGCUUCAUUCAUUUUAUGCUUCUUUGUUCAAUGCUUUUUGUAGUUGUUGCUUCUUCUCUCUCCCCUCCCCGAAUUAAACAAUGACCACUUGUUUAUUUUUUUAAAUGUAAAAAAAUAAAUAAAUGAAAAAGCUAUUUAUUUACUUAUUUGGGUGGAAAUUUCAAAUUAAUCCCUUGUUCUGUUGGGGUUUUGAAAUGUAAAAAAUAAAGACGAUUAAUAAAAAAACGUUAAAAAGU